AUGGCACUGGACUGGGGCAUCGAUGAAUUAGAAAUUUAUGGGGACUCUUUCUUGGUCAUUAGUCAAGCAAAGGGUGAUUGGGAAGUACGGGUUGAGCGACUAGCAUUGUAUCAUAACUGCCUCAAGGAGUUGAUCAAAAAGUUUGAGUGCAUCUCCUUCAAUUACCUGCCUAGAGAAGACAACCGCUUUGCGGAUGCUUUAGCCUCCCUUGGAUCAGCCAUGUGCUUACUUGCCAACAUGGCAAUAGAACCGAUUGAUUUAAAUUGGGAUAGUGAGCCUGUCUACAUAAGCAGCAUACUAGCAGUCACAAUAGAAGAUGAGGAGUCAGAUGUUAAGACAUCAACUAGGGCAACACCAUAUUCUUUAGUGUAUGGCAUGGAGGCAGUCCUACCAACAGAAGUUGAAGUGCCAUCUUUAUGUGUCAUAUUAGAGUUAGAGAUCCCAGAGACAAAUUGGGUCCAAGAAUGUUAUGAGCAGUUGGAGUUCUUAGAUGAAGCACACUAA